AUGAAGAGUCGAGACGGCGCCAUCGACAAGGGGCUCGCACGCCACCUCUAUCGCCGAGUACUGCGGCUAGUGUCCGUGGCCGAGCAGCCUCAUACGCAGCGCAUUGCGCAGGUGCAGUGGGCUGAGUUUAUGCCCUCCCAGGUGUGGAUAGCGCCGGACGACGAGCUGCGUCGCAUUGUGCGCCGCUCCUUCGAGGCGCCGCACACCCCAUCCACGUUGACGAACGCCUUCGCGUUUCUUAAGGAAGCCCGCAGCUCCCUCUUUUCCAUCUGGGUGCUCGCAGAGUGGGAGCGACUGGAGGAGAAGCAGGACCCCUGGGAUGUCUACGACGGUAUGGCGCUAAUGAGCGCCGCGCUGCACGGCGCGUGCGUCGGGUGCGACUCGCAGCAGUCCUUCGAGCGUUGCAUCAAGGACUACCAGAUGGGUAUUCGAUCCUGUGUGCAGAACAUUGCCCAGUCUGUGCAGGAGCGGAUGGAUGUGCGCUCGCUCGAGGCGGGGCGCGCGAAGGACCUCAACACGUUUGUGAGGCUUGUGCGCGAGGCGAGCACUCUCGAGCGGCGCGAAGCGAAGCCGGCGGACUUCAGUUUUGUCUCGCUGCUGCAGAGCCACUGCGCGUCGGAGUACGUUCUCAAUAUCGUCCUCGUCUUCGUACUAAGGGCCCUUGAUAUUCACAGCACCCUAGUAGGCGCCAAUCUCUCUUUUCGGUGGGUGCGGGUGAUGCCGCGCAAGAACACGCCCCCCAUCUUCGCUUCCUGGACCUACGGCGCCAUGCGACGGAGGGAGGUCGAGCAACUCAUCCGCACUGCUGACACACAAUGGUAUCGCUCUGUCCCAUGGGACGCCUCGCAGCGAAAGGGCGUCGUUUGCGCGUUGCUGCAGCGCCAGCUGGGGUGUCUCCCUGGCCACCUGGACACGCGCUCCGAGAGUAUCAUGUCCACCUGCAAGAAGCAAAUUCUCUUUCUUCUCUCCUGA